GCGGGUCAAAGUGGACCGGAAGCCUGAUGCCUUCCUUUCCUGUUAGCGGUGCAGGCUGAACAGCAUCAAAAUGGGCAAGUUCAUGAAGCCUGGGAAGGUGGUGAUGGUCCUGGCUGGACGCUACGCCGGACGCAAAGCUGUGAUCGUGAAGAACAUCGACGACGGCACCACCGACCGGCCCUACAGCCACGCCCUGGUCGCUGGCAUCGACCGCUACCCCCGGAAGGUCACCACGACCAUGGGCAAGAAGAAGAUCGCCAAGAGGUCCAAGAUCAAGGCCUUCGUCAAGGUGUUCAACUACAACCACCUCAUGCCCACCAGAUACUCUGUGGACAUUCCUCUGGACAAAACUGUGGUCAACAAGGACGUCUUCAGAGACCCGGCGCUCAAACGCAAAGCCAGGCGGGAGGCCAAGAUCAAGUUCGAGGAGAGGUACAAGACGGGCAAAAACAAGUGGUUCUUCCAGAAGCUCCGAUUCUAAGUUCACUUUGGUUUCACUAAUAAACAAAGAAAAACUCCA